CGUAAAAUCAAUUAAUUCUGCAUUAAUUAUCACAGUUGAAGUUUAUUAGUCAGUCCAUUCGAUCAUUAAUUAUAUAGAAUUUAAAAAAAAUUCAUUGCAAAAUUAACCUCCGAAAUGACAUUCAACCACGGUUCUUUUCCUCCUUCUGUGAAAUGUGAACAGAUUGUUUAUCAUUCGUGAGCAGAUAAAUUAAUUUUUUUACACGAAAACUAUUCUAAAGUUGUGUAAUUUUUAGGUUAGUAGCAGGAACCUUGAACAUCUUUUUUUCACUUAAGACUGAAAUAACAAAUUAUGGAGGAAUAUACAAGAGAACCUUGUCCAUGGAGGAUAGUUGAUGAUUGCGGCGGUGCUUUCUCAAUGGGAUUAAUUGGAGGCGGAGUUUUUCAGAGUAUAAAAGGUUUCAGAAAUGCUCCCUCUGGUAUCAACAGAAGACUCAUUGGUAGUUUAACAGCCAUCAAGCAAAGAUCCCCAAUCAUAGCAGGAAACUUUGCUGUUUGGGGUGGUAUGUUUUCAACUAUAGAUUGUGCGCUAAUCACUAUCAGAAAGAAAGAAGAUCCGUGGAAUUCAAUCAUAAGUGGAGCCGCCACAGGAGGAAUAUUAGCUGCCAGAAGUGGAUUACCAGCAAUGGCUGGAAGUGCAUUCAUUGGGGGUGUUCUCUUAGCGCUUAUCGAGGGUGUGGGAAUAUUAUUCACAAGAUUAUCAGCAGAACAGUUUCAACCACAGGCACCUAUACUGGAAGAUCCCUCAGUGUUGGGAAUUAGUGAACAAGAAAGAAUGUAGUAAAUUCACAAAUAAAUUACUAUUAAAUAUAAUAUUGAUAGAUGUAUUUUGAUCUUUUAAUAGAUUGAUAUACUGUUAGGUUGUUCUCAUUGUAUUUAUAUAACAUAAUACAACCACCUCACAAGGGGCACUGUUACUGUGAUCUCCGUUUAUUUUUUAUUUACCUCAUGAAGCUCAGUUGAAAUAGACGUUGUUGAUCUU